CUCGUGGUUGAUAACGAAAAUUUUCAAAGAGUAAAACAAGUAUUACCUCAUCUAUUUUACCCAUUGAAAUUUGUGCAAUGUGUUUGCUGCACAUGUAACUUGCCCUAUUUUGUGUUUCUCUUAGAUUUCAUAUUUCAGCAUGAAACGAGUUAGAAGUGAACAAAUUAAUAGCUAUGUAGGUCAUUAUUUGAAAAGACGACAAUUUAAGGGAGACAGUGAACAUAUAAAUAAGAAAGACCUGAAAGUCCAGCAAACUAUAGAAGAGAUGUCAUUGCAUGAGGCUUGCAAUGCAGCUGUAGGUGUUGACAGUUCUUUCUCAUUUAGCAGCAUCACUGGGGAUGCUACAGCUUGCGAUCAACAGUAUGUCAGAUUUCGCACAUUUAUUCAGGACUCAGUGGAGCCAUACAGGACAGACCUGUUGUUACUUCUGUAUCCAGUUUUUGUGCAUGUUUACCUCGAGUUAAUCUGCAAUGGUCACAAAACUCCAGCCCACAAGUUUUACAGUCGGCACCACUCUUACUUCCUAGAAAACUCAGAGUACAGAAUGAUUGUAGAGGCACUGGCACAGUUAUUUCACAAAGAAGAUGUGUACAGCAAUGACUAUAUUAGAAAAUUUAGGGAAGAUAAAUUCAAAGUGGUCCUGUCAGAAGAUGCUUUACAAUAUCUGUUUCGAUACCUCAAGAACGAGGACAACAUGAUCAUGUUGCAGAUAUUCAACCACCAUAUCCACAUUAAAGUGAAGAUGCCCACAGAUGUGGAGUUAGACCUUCAGGACUUUGUAAACUUCCAUGACCUUGUUCUUCCUUCUGCUCCUGACACCCCACAAAACAAAGUGAUCAGGAAUGAAGUGUCCCUCAGCUCUCUACAACAAAGUAUACAGAAAGUGCGGGAUGGGGCACCAUGUCUGACUUCCAUCUUGUUUUAUACAUUUCUCAAUACACAUCAAGGAUUGUGUUGCACAAGUAUUUCACCAAAUGAGGCACUCAUCUGUGGAGGCUUUGAGGAAAAUUCAAUCAAAAUCUGGAGUUUAACACCAUCAAAAUUGCACCCUAAAAAGGCAGUAGUCAGGACAGACAGAAUCACAAUGGUUGGAGAUUAUUUAGAGGACGUAGAGGAAAAAGAGUGUUCCAGAACGAGACCAAAUGAAGUUAUCACAAUGAGGGCACAUAGUGGUUCUGUUUAUGGAACUGCAUUUACUGCUGAUUCCAAGUACCUGCUGUCUUGUUCAGAGGAUAAAUCAGUACGGCUAUGGGAUCUUGACACUUACAAUAAUGUAGCACUAUACAGAGGACACAGCUAUGCAGUUUGGGAUAUAGAUACAAGCCCCUCAGGCAGCUUCUUUGCCAGCUGUUCACAUGACAGGACAGUAAAGUUGUGGGCAGUUGACAGAACCUAUCCUCUCAGAACAUUUGUAGGGCACACAAUGGAUGUGGAUUGUGUGAAAUUCCACCCUAACUGUAACUAUGUAGCCACAGGAUCUGGGGACAAGUCUGUAAGGUUGUGGAGUGUGCAAGAGGGCAAAUGUGUCCGCCUGAUGCAGGGCCACAGGGGCAGUAUAUACUCUCUGGCCUUCUCUCCUGAUGGACAGAUGCUAGCCUCAGCUGGAGAAGAUAGACGUAUUAGAGUGUGGGACUUAGGCACAGGUUCUAUAAUAAAAGAGCUAAGGGGCCACACAGACAUUGUUCACAGUUUGUGUUUUAACAGAGAAAGCAGUAUGUUAGCAUCAGGUGGUUUAGAUUGUAUGGUGAGAGUAUGGGACGUAAGAAAAGCAGCCAAUUUAAAUGCAAGUGUUUCUGAGGGCCACAUAUCACCAGAACAGCUGGGGUCUUUUUCCACCAAAUCUGCAGCAAUUUACUACUUACGUUAUGGCCAGCACAGUGUGCUGCUUGGAUCUGGGGCUAUACAGUGAGCUGCCACUAUGAUAUUUGAAGAUACACAACGAGAUAGAAAGUACCAAGAUCCAAAGCCAUCUCGCCAAAAUACCUUAUUUUUAUUUAAAAACAUGAUGACAUUUUGUCUGGAAAUCUUGGGUAAUAUGUGGUUAGCAUUUGGGUAGGGUGAGGAAUUAAACCUCCCCCCCCCCACUCCACCCCCUUGGACAGGAGCCCCACCAUGAAGACAGUGAUGUUCCACAUAAGGGCCAUGAGAGAUUAUAUAUAUAUAUA